AUGUGGGCUUCGAAGCCAGAGAGCUCGUUUCGGAUGGUUUUGAAGGGUGUGCAAAUCAGAAAUGGGGGUGCUGAAGAUCAAUUCAGAAAUAAUUCAGCUCAGGCUGUAAAACCAGCCUUUAGACAGUCAUCUCUUAAACACAAAGGGGAAGCAAUUACUGAUCAAGAAACUGACUUGGUCGUGUUGCAGUCUAGAUCAGGGGUGUGCAGCGGCACCAUUGGAUACCCGAGCAAGUUUCCUCAGUGUAAAGUAAACAUUCGGGCUACCAUUGUAUAUGGACAUUACCAUGCCAGAUGUAAGGGAGCCAGCGGGAAAUCUGCACCAAAAAUGCAGGCUCAGCUGAAUAUGUCAGCGCAAGUAGACAAAUUGAGCCACGAGCAAGGCAGACUGCAACCAAUAGUAACAUGCAAUUGCGAAUGGGUGCGACAGACCCCUAUCAGUAUCUCUCUCGACAAAGAGUACUCCGUAGAGAGAGACGGCCAUGGUGAUACUUGGCUCUGCAAUAGAAACCCCACAUCUAAUCGCUAUGACAACAUAUCACUGGAUGAGUAUGAACGAGCUAAAAGACAGGGGAGGCUGAGAUGGAUUGGCACAUCGUCAUUGGACGAUCUCGAAUCAAAAUACGGAUAA